AUGGUAGGUUCCGGGCCGACUCUUGCAAUGUCUACGCCACGUCAUGAGGUCUCGGCGUUCGUCCCGUCAUCUGCAUCGUCAUCAUCAACAACAACAACGCCAACAUCGACCGAGUUCGAGUCCGCUGUCGAAGUAGAACUAGCUGUAGACAUCCCUAGGCGCUCUUCACGACUACGAAGACCGCCAGUAAGUUUAAAUGAAAGUUUAAAUGAAACUACAACGCUUUUAAUUGAGGACGGCGGAAACCCUUGGGUUACUGCCUUUAGUAAUGUUUCUUCAACGCGAUUGGAUUUGGAUGGCAGAAACCCUAGGGUUUCUGCCAAAGGCGAGUAUUCUUCCUUUAUGGUAAACAGCACGGCACUGAAAUGUUCUGUGUUACAGCAAAACGUCUCUCACUCAAUGGAUGUCUGGAUAUAUUACCAGAAUGCUCGUGGUUUGAGGACUAAAAUUGACGAUCUGUUUUUGGCAUCAUGCGACUGCGGCUUUGAUAUCAUCGUUUUAACGGAAACCGGCUUGAAUGACAGCAUCAAUUCCGAGCAACUGUUUGGGCCUGAAUUCAAUGUUUACCGGUGCGAUCGUAAUCUUUGCAACAGUUCCAAAUCUAGCUUCGGUGGAGUGCUCAUCGCAAUCGCAGCAAAACAUGUCAGCUAUUUCAUAGUGACGCUUAGUGGCUCAGCAAUUGAACAGGUGUGUGUUGCGGCAUCAAUCCGGGGAACGAAAAUUUCGAUGUGUGCCGUUUAUAUCCCGCCGGACCGUAGCCGUGAUGUUGCAGCCUUUGAUCAACAUGUUGCUUCAGUUCGCGAAAUUUGCGACAAGGUAUCACCUAACGAAGUUGUAUUAGUUUGUGGUGAUUACAAUCAACCACGUUUAUCCUGGGUGAGAAAUGACAAUGAGGUCGCUUGCUGUAGCACCAGCGUAUAUACUCCUGCUAGCUUAUCGCUUAUUGAUGGUAUGGAUUUUUUGAAUCUACGCCAGCAAAACCUCAUACAAAACCAUCUCGGUAGAAUACUCGACUUGGUGUUCACCAAUACAGCAUACGAUUCUAUUAUGAUUAACGAAUCUUCUGCCCCGUUGCUUCGCGUUGAUUCUCAUCACCCCCCGUUAGUGAUAUCGGUUUCACUCCCUUUCCCGUCCGACAACGCUCCUACGAACAUCGACAGAAAUGUACCACGGCCUCUCAACUACAAGAAACUAGAUUUCGAUGAACUAUCCGAUUAUCUCUCAAACACAGACUGGAAUCUAGUCCUGAAUUCUGAUCGCGUAGAUAAUAUAGCCGAGAAGUUUUGCUCAUACAUUUGUCAGUGGCUAACAUUGAAUGUACCCAUUAGUCAGCGUCCCGUCUCACCCGCUUGGAGCAGUGCUGAUUUGCGAAGACUAAAACGAACGCGUAUUGCCUGUCAGCGCCGACUUCGGCAUCAUCGCACAAUGGAAUCAGUGAGUGCGUUUCGAUCUUCCAGUAAUGCUUAUCAAUCAGCUGCUUCCGAUGAAGAAGUAGAACGAGAAAUCGGAGAUGUGCCUACUGAUAUAGUGGAUUUAGACAUGUUCGAAAUCACUCAGUCUAUGGUUCUUGCUGCUACUAACAAACUGAAGAACACCUUCUCGCCUGGACCCGAUGGUAUUCCCGCCGUUGUGUUUCGCCGGUGUGCUGCCUCUCUAGCAUAUCCAUUAAGCACGAUAUUCAAUCGCUCAUUUGAACAGCUGGAGAUAGACGAAAUGUUCGGAAUUACCGUGGAAUCACGAGUCUGUCAGCUGCAUCGAAAUUGUUCGAAAUAA